AUGUUCUCCCACCAGGUCGCCGUCGUUGCCCUCUCGGCAUUGGCCCUCGUCUCCGCCGGCAACUCCACCUUCAGCAUCAACCCCAGCGCCGUCCCGCUCAGCACCAGAGCUGCCUGGUGCACGUCCGAGACCAACGUCUGUACUGCCGUCUGCAACAAUUCGCCCUCCGAGAUCAGCUGCGAUCCUGCCACUCUGGACUACGAGUGCUCUUGCAAUGACGGUACCACCCCCGACAUGAACGAGUACAAGGAGUCGUUGCCCUUCCACAUCUGCCAAGAAGCCUUCACCGAGUGCAUUACCCAGACCGUUGGCAAUGCCGCGGGCCAGCGUAACUGCACCACCAGCAUCUCCGACAAGUGCGGUACAAAGAAUGCCACCGACUCUUCCGCAUCUACUCCCUCCACCACCACUGCUGCUAGCUCCAGCGGAACUGCUACUGCCGCUUCCUCUAGCAAGGCGGCCACCUCCUCGACUUCCAAGGCCGGUGCCAUGCCCACCAACAUCCAGCACAUUGGCAAUGGCGCCGCAGCUGUGGCCGUUGGUCUCCUCGCCUACAUGUUGUAG